AGUAGGAAUGAGGGGGAGUAAAAGAGCAUUGAGACAAGAUCUCCCUACGAGGUGGAACUCGACUUAUAUUAUGUUGGAUAGUGCAAUUCAUUACCGUCGUGCUUUGAUCAACUUUGCAUUAAUUGAUUCUGAUUUCAAGUGUUGUCCAUCUCCUGAUGAAUGGGACAGAAUACAGACAAUUUCUAAGUUUCUUGGAUAUUUUUAUGAGGUCACUUGCUUGUUUUCGGGAACCAAGUAUCCUACAUCAAACUUGUUUUUUCCCAAAGUGUUUGUCAUCCAACAUAACAUCCAACUAGCAAUGAAACACAGAGAUGAUUUCAUGAGGCGAAUGGGAGCUGAGAUGAAUUUAAAGUUUGAAAAAUAUUGGUCAGAUUACGGCUUGAUCCUUGGUAUUGCAAUUGUGCUAGAUCCUCGGUAUAAAUUGGAUUUUGUACAAUGGGCCUACAAGAAGCUUUAUGGCGAAGAGUUUGAGGAAUUCAAGGAAUUCAAGGACACAUUAGUUUCCUUAUUUGAUGUAUACAUGGAGAGGUGGUCUAAUCCUGAUGAUACUUUAAGGAGUGAGAGUUGCUCUCAAACUGAAGAUGAAGAGAAUAUUUUGCAGGAAAACACAAUUAAUAGUCUUGGACAUUAUGAAUUUUCUUGUAUUGAUACAUUAUGA